CUCUCGCACACUCGGUGACACGCCCGCGCGCGCGCGCACCCACACGCCCGGUCGCCGGCGCCCUCCCAGCUGGUCCACCCCGGCGGGGCCCGCGCCCCCGGCCCGCCCGCCUGGCACCGCGCCCCGGGGCUGGGGCCGAGAGAGGAGCCCGCGAGGCGGCGGCGAGAGGGCGAGCGCCAGGCAGGCCGGCCCGGGGCCCCCGCCCCCCGUGCCCCCGCCCGAUGGGGAACGCUCCGUCCCAAGAUCCCGAGCGGAGCAGCCCCCCUAUGCUGUCUGCCGACGAUGCCGAGUACCCGCGGGAGUACCGGACCCUGGGGGGUGGGGGCGGCGGGGGCGGCGGGGGCCGGCGCUUCUCCAACGUGGGGCUGGUGCACACUUCGGAGCGGCGGCACACGGUAAUCGCUGCCCAGAGCCUGGAGGCGCUCAGCGGGCUCCAGAAGGCGGACGCCGACCGCAAGCGCGAUGCCUUCAUGGACCACCUGAAGAGCAAGUACCCCCAGCACGCCCUGGCCCUUCGAGGCCAGCAGGAGAGGAUGCGGGAGCAGCCCAACUACUGGAGUUUCAAGACCCGGAGCUCGCGUCACACUCAGGGAGCCCAGCCGGGGCUGGCGGACCAGGCGGCCAAACUGUCCUACGCUUCGGCUGAGUCACUGGAGACCAUGUCGGAGGCUGAGCUGCCCCUGGGCUUUAGCAGGAUGAACCGCUUUCGACAGAGCCUGCCCCUUUCGCGCUCCGCCAGCCAGACCAAGCUACGUUCGCCAGGGGUGCUGUUCUUGCAGUUCGGGGAGGAGACGCGGCGCGUGCAUAUCACGCACGAGGUCAGCAGCCUGGACACGCUGCACGCCCUCAUCGCCCACAUGUUCCCGCAGAAGCUCACCAUGGGCAUGCUGAAGUCGCCCAACACUGCCAUCCUCAUCAAAGACGAGGCCCGCAACGUCUUCUACGAGCUGGAGGACGUCCGGGACAUUCAGGACCGCAGUAUUAUCAAGAUCUACAGGAAAGAGCCGCUCUACGCCGCCUUCCCCGGCUCCCACCUCACCAACGGUGACCUCCGGAGAGAGAUGGUGUACGCGUCACGGGAGUCUUCCCCCACUCGGCGUCUCAACAACCUGUCGCCGGCCCCGCACCUGGCAUCCGGCUCACCUCCGCCAGGGCUGCCAUCGGGGCUGCCGUCGGGGCUGCCGUCGGGGCUGCCGUCCGGCUCGCCAUCGCGCUCUCGCCUCUCGUACGCUGGAGGCCGCCCGCCUUCGUACGCCGGCAGCCCGGUGCACCACGCGGCCGAGCGUCUGGGGAGCACCUCGGCCGCCCCCGGCGUGAGCCCCAGCCCCAGCGCCAUCCUGGAGCGGCGCGACGUGAAGCCGGACGAGGACCUGGCGGGCAAGGCGGGCGGCAUGGUGCUGGUGAAGGGCGAGGGGCUCUACGCCGACCCCUACGGGCUGCUGCACGAGGGCCGCCUGAGCCUGGCCGCCGCCGCCGGCGACCCGUUCGCCUACCCCGGCGCCGGCGGCCUGUACAAGCGCGGCUCGGUGCGCUCGCUCAGCACCUACUCGGCCGCCGCGCUGCAGUCCGACCUGGAGGACUCGCUGUACAAGACGGCGGGCGGCGGCGGCCCGGGCGGAGGGCCCCUCUACGGCGACGGCUACGGCUUCCGCCUGCCGCCCUCGUCGCCGCAGAAGCUGGCCGACGUGACGGCGCCUCCCGGGGGACCCCCGCCGCCGCACAGCCCCUACUCCGGGCCGCCCAGCCGCGGCUCGCCCGUGCGCCAGUCCUUCCGCAAGGACUCGGGCUCCUCGUCCGUCUUCGCCGAGAGCCCAGGAGGCAAGACCCGCAGUGCCGGGAGCGCCUCGUCGGCCGGAGCGCCCCCUUCAGAUCUCUUCCCCGGGCCCGGGGAGCGCUCCCUCGUGGGGUUCGGGCCUCCAGUGCCGGCCAAGGACACGGAGACCAGAGAGCGCAUGGAGGCCAUGGAGAAGCAGAUCGCCAGCCUCACGGGGCUGGUGCAGAGUGCCCUGCUUCGGGGCUCCGAGCCCGAGACCCCAAGUGAGAAGAUCGAAGGCUCCAACGGAGCAGCCACCCCCUCAGCACCCUGUGGGUCAGGUAGCAGGAGCAGUGGGGCCACGCCCGUGUCCGGCCCGCCCCCGCCCUCGGCCGGUGGCACCCCUGCAGGACAGCCUGCGACCCUCAACCGCCUGCAGAUGCAGCUGCACCUGCGGGGCCUGCAAAGCAGCACCAGCGACCUGCGGGGCCAGCUGCAGCAGCUUCGCAAGCUCCAGCUGCAGAACCAGGAGUCGGUGCGGGCGCUGCUGAAGCGCACGGAGGCGGAGCUGAGCAUGCGCGUGUCGGAGGCCGCGCGGCGGCAGGAGGACCCGCUGCAGCGACAGCGCACCCUGGUGGAGGAGGAGCGGCUGCGCUACCUCAACGACGAGGAGCUCAUCACCCAGCAGCUCAAUGACCUGGAGAAGUCGGUGGAGAAGAUCCAGAGGGACAUGUCCCACAGCCACCGGCUGGUGCCCGGCCCCGAGCUGGAGGAGAAGGCGCUGGUGCUGAAGCAGCUUGGAGAAACACUGACGGAGCUCAAGGCUCACUUCCCAGGGCUGCAGAGCAAGAUGCGGGUGGUGCUGCGUGUCGAGGUGGAGGCAGUCAAGUUCCUGAAGGAGGAGCCACAGCGCCUGGACGGACUCCUGAAGCGCUGCCGUGGGGUCACGGACACGCUGGCACAGAUCCGAAGGCAAGUGGACGAAGGUGUGUGGCCACCCCCCAACAACCUGCUGAAUCAAUCUCCCAAGAAGGUGACGGCCGAGACCGACUUCAACAAGGCCUUGGACUUCGAGAUGCCACCCCCUAGUCCCCCGCUGAACCUGCACGAGCUGAGUGGGCCAGCAGAAGGAGCCCCUCUCACCCCCAAGGCAGGCAACCCCACCAAAGGCCUGGAGACCUUGGGCAAGAGGAGCGUGGACAAGGGCGUGUCUGUUGAGGCUGCCGAGCGAGACUGGGAGGAGAAGCGAGCAGCCCUGACCCAGUACAGUGCCAAGGACAUCAACCGGCUGCUGGAGGAGACACAGGCGGAGCUGCUGAAGGCCAUCCCGGAUCUAGACUGUGCCAGCAAGGCCCACUCCAGCCCAGCUCCGACCCCAGACCACAAACCUCCCAAAGCCCCCCACAGCCAGAAGGCGGCUCCCCGGACGGAACCCAGCGGGAGAAGAGGUUCAGAUGAGCUGACGGUACCCCGAUACCGCACGGAGAAGCCCUCCAAGUCGCCCCCACCGCCCCCGCCCCGCCGCAGUUUCCCCUCCUCCCAUGGCCUGACCACCACCCGCACCGGAGAGGUGGUGGUCACCAGCAAGAAGGACCCGGCUUUCAUCAAGAAGGCGGAGUCCGAGGAGCUGGAGGUGCAGAAGCCGCAAGUGAAGCUGCGCCGGGCCGUGUCUGAGGUGGCCCGCCCUGCCUCCACACCACCCAUCAUGGCAUCCGCCAUCAAGGAUGAGGAUGAGGAGGACCGCAUCAUCGCGGAGCUGGAGAGUGGUGGUGGCAGCGUGCCGCCCAUGAAGGUGGUAACCCCAGGAACCUCUCGGCUGAAGGCAGCGCAGGCGCAGGCGGGCAGCCCGGACAAGAGCAAGCACGGCAAACAGCGGGCGGAGUACCUGAGGACCCAGGCCCCGCAGCAGGCCGCUAAACCAUCCAAAGAGACGAGUGGGUCAAAUGAGACCUUGAGCCCAGUCUCAGAAAAGCCCUCCGCCUCCAGAACCUCCAUCCCCGUAUUGACUUCCUUUGGGACCAGAAAUUCUUCCAUUUCCUUCUAGAAGCCUCUGUGCGCCCACCUCACCACCCUCUCCUCUUCCCGUCA